AUGCAACCAAGGCGUUUUAGGGAAAGAAUACGUUGGAAAAUCUUGAAAGCGGCGGGUUUUUGCUGCAUACUGGUCGUGAUUUGGGCUCUGUUUGGAAAAUGGACAGCGAGGUUGAGAGAUGAUUAUUCCUACGCCCAUGUUGACAUUGGCACUGAAAGAGACGCUGUGUUUGUUGAGGGGUGUGUAGACCCUCAAUCGUAUCAGCAACAAGCUGGAUAUGUCCCUCAAAACGCGACAUUUGUAAUGCUGACGCGAAACGAAGAACUUAGCGGGGUCUUGAGCACGAUCCAUAGCAUAGAGCGGCAUUUCAAUCAAUGGUAUCAAUAUCCAUACGUAUUCAUUAAUGACGAGUCUUUCACAGAUGAAUUUGUCCGGCAAGUCAAAGCCGCAACAAGGGCAGAAAUUCGAUUUGGUGUCUUGAGCGAUCUCGAAUGGGAGUUUCCUCCUGACGUGCGAGAGAAACUGGUUUUCAAAGAAAGUAUCGAAAACCAAGGUGAUCGUGGAAUCAUGUACGGUAGCUUGGAAUCCUAUCACAAAAUGUGUCGAUUUUAUUCGGGUGCCUUUUACAAGCACCCGUUAGUUGCCCAAUAUGAAUGGUAUUGGAGGAUAGAGCCUGAUGUUGAGUUUUUCUGCGACUUGACAUACGAUCCCUUUUACGAGAUGAGUCGUACAGGUAAAAAAUAUGGUUUUACAGUGUUUCUUGAAGAACUUUAUUGGUCAGUACCAAAUCUGUUUCGAUAUACUCGAAGCUUCAUUCGUCAAAAUCAUAUCCAGACAGGUAAUCUCUGGCAUCUUUUUGUGAAGGACUAUAAUAUAGUUUCCGGCGAUAGUGUCUUGGAAAGUUUUAUUAACCAUGAAGCUGAAAUUGAAUCAGAAGUUGUAACCCAGAUGAAAAUUCAAGCUUUGAUGGAUGCAGCUAAGAAAGACGGUUCCGAUGAUCUUGAUAGCGAAGCACUUGAAUUUUUGGUCGAUCGUGCAUUAAGGAGAGUACCUAUUAUUGAGGACAAAUUUGACAACGAAGAAUUCAACCUCUGCCAUUUCUGGAGUAACUUCGAGAUCGCCCGUGUUGACCUAUUUAAUAGCGGCUUAUAUGCCAAAUUUUUUGAGUUUCUGGAAAAGAGUGGUGGAUUUUGGACAGAAAGAUGGGGAGAUGCCCCGGUUCACUCCUUGGGACUAGGCUUGAUGCUGGAUGUCGAAGACGUUCACUACUUUCGCGAUAUUGGAUAUCAACACUCUACGAUAAUUCAUUGCCCUAUGAAUAAAGCUGAUGCGCAACUGCCAUAUGUUGAAAACCCUGAUUAUUCGAAAGUUUCCCAAGUUAACAAUGAUAUGUACAAGAUAUUCAGCCACGUGACUAGGACGAAGGGACAGAACGAGGAUGUCGGUGUUGGCUGUCGAUGUGUUUGUCCGAAGGACGCAGAUAUUGAAGAUUCAAAUCAGUGUUUUGGCAAAUGGUAUGACAUCACGAGGGACGACUAUGAAUCUCCCACUGCUCUGAAGCUUAACCUUGAUUUAGAGGAGGACUAG